AUGUAUAAUCAAAAUGCAGAACACGAACUUCACACAGACGCCAGUUGCAAGGGACUCGCUGGCAUUUUCCUACAGAAAGAAGGUGGAAGUCUUCACCUAGUUGCUUAUUACAGACGCAAAACAACCAAAGAAGAAUCAAUGUACCACAGCUAUGAACUGGAAGCCCUCGAUGUGGUUGAAGCAACAGAUCGAUUCCGGCAGUACUUGCUUGGUAAGCACUUUCUCAUAGUCACUGAUUGUGAAGCUUUAAAAACUGCCAGUAAAAAGAAAUUGUUUCACGAAUCGCCCGAUGGUGGUUGCGUAUGCAGGAGUACGAUUAUGAGGUUUCUCAUCGAGCCGGCUCUGCCCAACACCCAGAACAAACCGGUGAUAAAUUUUUUUAUGGAUUUAUUCUUUACGUUUGGCAUUUCCCGUCGAAUAAUAUCAGAUAAGGGAACUGCAUUUACUUCACACGCUUUUGAAGAAUUCGUUAAAGGCUACUCGAUUCAGUACAUCCAGAAUGCGACAAAAACACCACGUGCAAACGGUCAGGUCGAACGGUAUAAUCGAACCAUUCUCCAUGCAUUAUUGGCAACCGUUGAUGACGAAACCAGAUGGGACCAGAAGGUACGAUAUGUGCAGUGGGGUAUCAAAAAUACUCAAAACGAAACCACUGAUAAAACUGCACAUGAACUACUAAUGGGUUACGUGCCCCGUGACCCACUCAAGGAUGUUCUCGACCCAUUUUUAAGCUUAAACGUAACGUUUCCCAGCAUUGACACUCUUCGAACGGCUGCUGCCGAAUCCACCGAUAAACGGCAAGCAAUCCAAAAACGCCAGCACGAUAUGAAGCAUAAAAAAGCAAGGACAUAA